AUGGAAACCUUACCUGAAGUAUUAUGUGGCAAACCAUAUACUAAAAAGUCGGAUGGAUUUCGUCCUGAAAUAAUUGAAGAAACUUUACAAGAUUAUGCAAUAUUAAUGAAGCAAUGUUGGAAUGCUAUUCCAGAAAAUCGACCCGAAGCUCAAACU